UUAGUUUCCUGUUACAAGCGUGUGAAAAAUGGCAACACCAAAAUACAAACUAGGAAAUAUGCCACUAGAUAAAUGGUCAAUCAGAGAACGACUGGCAUUAGCAUGCUCUGUUUUGAGGAGUGGUGAUCAAAAUUGGGUAUCAGUGAGCAGAGCUAUCAAAGCUUAUGGAGAACCAAACAGACCACCAGAAUGGUUUUCUCAGAAGAAUUGUGCAUUGCAGUAUGCAGACCUUCUGGAGAAAGUGGAAACACCUAAGAGGAAAGGCAGGGAUCGUGGUGAGGUGGAGACCCCAAGUCUUCAGAUUAUGAGAAAACUAACGAUAGAGCGGAUAGAGGAACUGAAGAAAACGGUUAUGGAACAGGAACAAAAAUACAAGAAGUUAAAGAAAGAAGUGGAAAUGAUCAAAUCAGGACAGUGGGAUGACAGACUGCCUAAUAUUUAUCAGCAAAUGCUCAGCGAGAAGAAGGAAGCAGAAGAGGCGGCCAGACAAGCUGAGAUGUCGGCAGCCGAGUCUGCCCAAGCUUCUACCGCAGAAAGUCAAACAGAAAUGGAGACAGAGGAAAAUGAUCAAGAAACAGAGAAUAAAGAAAUUAUUGUGGAGGCUAACAUCACCAAUAUUACAGCUGAAGAGAAAGCUGUACUAAAGGAGCCCUUAACUGUGAAGAUAGAGCCUACCUCAGGGGGAGAAGACAAACCCAAGCCUACCCCCUCCCCAACACGAUUGUUGACCACUCUUCUGUCCAGUAAAACCAGCAAAGUGGAGGAUCUAAAGGAACUCAAAGAGAAAACAGAGCAGGAACAAGCCAAGGCUGAGGCUGCUGUGGUUGCCACGUCUACCACAGUCACCACUUUAACAGAGACACCUGUAAAGAAAACAGAGCAGCGAGAGUCUACAGGGGCUGUCUCAGCCAUUGAACAAACUCCAUCUAGUACUGCCCCAACACUGACCAAACUUCUCCACAAGGGUCAGAGUAAAUCUGUCGAGGAGGAAGAUGUCCCCCGAACCACUACUGACACCCCCAGCAGUAGCAACACCAUCCCAGUAGAUGAGGAGAUUGUGGAGAUAGAAGAUGUAAAGGAAGAGGAAGUAGAAGAACAGGAAGUUAGUCUGCAGCAAAAAGUCAAAGAGGAAGUUGUCAAUGUGGACCAGGACGAGAGUCAGGAAUCCACAGACACAGGAUUUGUACAGCUGGAUGAAGAAGUCUCUAUGAAGGAGGAACCAAUGUCCCCCGCUAGUAGUGUCUCCUCCAAAAUCAGUGAGUGUGACAUAACUAGUAAGUCAGGCAGCAGGCGCAGCAGUAGAGGUCGACAGUCAGCAAGGAAGAGAAGGACCAAGAGAUCAAAGAAACCUCUGGGAGUCAAGGAUGAAGAUAGUACAUCGAGGUUAAGUGAUGGGGAUACGACAGAGGAGGAAACUGCCCGUGAGAGUGACGAUACAUCUGUGUCAGGGAAUAUCACCAAUGUCCCCACCCCAACACCAUUUACAGAAUCCAUUCCUAGCAGCCCAUUAUCUCACUGCAGUGACACAGAAGAUGAGAAAGCCUAUAAAAACUGGAAAAAGUCCAUCAUGCUUGUCUGGAGAUCAGCAGCUAAUCACAAAUAUGCAAAUGUGUUUUUACACCCAGUGACCAAUGAAAUUGCCCCUGGAUACACCACUAUUGUCCACAGGAGAAUGGAUCUGAGUCAGAUUAAGAAGAACAUAGAGAGUGGGGUAAUUAGGACGACCGCUGAGUUCCAACGAGACAUGAUGCUCAUGUUUACAAAUGCCAUCAUGUACAACAAUUGUAAUCACAGGGUUCACAAAAUGGCAGUGGAAAUGUACAAUGAUGUUCUACAGCACAUUGAGCAAUACGUGAGUACCCAGCUAAUGGUCCAGAAUGCAGACACCAAACUUCUGAGGGGCUCCAGACGAGUGGACACCAGUGAUAAGGAAGAGGAGAGCAAGAGAAGGCGUACUUCAUCAGAACAACACGGAGAGGGUGGGAAAACGAAGAAACGAAAAACUAGAGCAGACGAUACGUAAACAAGGCACAACUGAUAAAACCUAAGUCAACUGAGCAGACGAUAUGUAAACAGGGCAUGAAUGAUAAAACUUAAGUCAGCUGAACUUACCAUAUGUAAACAUGGCAUGAAUGAUAAAACCUAAGUCAAGUUAUCAAAGAUGGAGCCAGUAAAUGGAGAUAAUGUUUAAGAUGGCAUUGUUCCUCUGUGAAAUAUCACUUAUGUUGAAUGUUGUAGUGUAAGCAUUGUAAUAAACAGUUAUCAGAAACAAAA